CACACGGUAAACCACGCCCAGUCAGCUGUUUCCUAAGUAUUCGCAAAGGUAAAACUUUCAUCGAGGCGUUUGAUUGUAUUUUACACAGGGUUUUGCGGUAUUUGGGAGGUUAUUCCCGCAUCUUUAACCUCAUUGGCAGUCAUGUCACUAGCAGAUCAAAGCCAACAGUGGUAUCCAACAAGCGCACAGGUAACGGUGCUUCAGGCAAGAAAUCUGAGGAUAAAGGGGAAAAAUGGCACCAACGACGCUUACGCCAUCAUGCAAGUGGCCAAGGAGAAAUUCGCCACCUCUGUGGUGGAGAAGACCGUGUCCCCGAUGUGGAAAGAGGAGGCCACGUUCGAUCUGCAGCUGUUCCAUCACGGUAACACAGAGCGUUGUACAUUGCACGUCAACGUAAUGCACCGGGCUCUCGUGGGACCAGACAAGUUGCUCGGACAAGCGGUGGUCAAUCUGUUGGAGCUAAGUGCAAUACAAUCCCGCAGUAAAACUGAGUGGUUUCAGUUGUUGGAUAAGGCUGGCAAGCCAGACAAAGACAGAGGGGAGGUCCUGGUGGACAUCCAGUUCAUGAGGAACAACAUGACUGCCAGCAUGUUUGACCUCUCCGCAACCGACAAGCCACACUCCCGCCUGGGCAAACUCAAGGACAAGGUCCGGGGCAAGAAGAAGGAAGGCCUCUCAGACUCUGCAUCUGCUGUGGUGCCCUCCUUCACCCAGGUCCUGACUGACAGUGAGGGAGAAGGAGAGCCAGAGGGAGAUGGGGCCGCAGACAAGGAAGGAAAGAAGAAGAAGAAACACAAGUUGAAGUCGCUGUUCUCCCCCAAGUCGAACUUGCAGAGGAACGCGUCUCAGUCGAUGUCGGUCCUGGGCACUCUGCCAGAGAGAAACUCUUCUCUGACUGGUAGCCGAUCUUCAGGCCUCAACAUAGACUCCUCAGAGGGUAAAAAGAAAUUUAAGUUCCUGACCCAUAAGCGCACAGGCAGCUCCGACAGUAAGGCUUCCCAAGGCUCUACCUUUAUCCUGGGGCGUUCCAGACAGGCCUCGACAUCGUCCGCAGACCAGAGCAACAUGUGCAUCAAUGGCAGUCACGUAUACACCGAGGAGGCCCAGCCUCGCACCUCCCGGGCAGGCUCCACCUUCAGCCUGGCCAGCUCAGGCCAUGGCUCCAUGGAGGACCUGCGCAGGUCCCAGGGCCGCAAGAGCUCCGUGGCCUCUGUGGACUCCCUGAAGGCUGGGAAGCAGCCUUUCCCGUGGGAGGAAGAGAGCAUCGGGGAUCAAGAGGAGCAGGAGGAGGAGGAAGGGGUUGAAUUGGAGAGGGAGAGGAUGAGGGUGGAACAGCUGCUGAGGAGGAAGCUAUUGGACGAGGAACAAAGGGUGGCGGAAGAGGAAAAGAAGAGGGUGAGAGAGUUAGAGGAGGAAGACCGAAUGAGAAGGUUGGAGGAGGAAGAGAUUAUCCGAAGGACUGAGCGGGAGAGGAGACGACUAGAGGUGGAGGAAAAAAUGAAGGAGGAGAGGGAGAGGGGGGAAGAGAAAGAGAGAAUUAGAAGGGAGGAAGAGGACAAAAUAAGAAUCAAAGAGCAAGAAAGGAAGAGGAUUGAGGAGAAAAACAGGAGGAUUGAAGAGGAGGAAAGAAUUAGGAAGGAGCAAGACCAGAGGAAAGUUAUGGAAGACGCAGAAAAGAUUAGACUUGAGGAAGAGGAGAGAGCUGCGGAAGAGAGGAAAAAGACAUUCAUGGAAGAGGAGGUGAGGAGGGUGAGACGGGAACGCGAGGAAGAGGACAAGAUCCGAGAGCAAGAGAGGUUGUUUGAAGAGGAGAGAAAGAAGGAGGAGGAAUUUUUAAGGAGAGAGGAAGAGGCACGAAUGGAGCAAGCGGACAAGCUGAGAGGUGAGAUGGAUAAAAGGAAGCGUGAUGAGGAGCAAAGAAUUAGGAGGGAGGAGGAGGAGGAGGGAGAAAAGUCGAGGAAGGAAGAGGAAGAGUUUGCACGUAGAAGAGCAGAAGAGGAGAGACAAAGGAUGGACGUGGAGGACAAAAUGAGGAGAGAGGAAGAACGGAGACGGACUGAGGAGGAGAGAAGGAGGAAGGAGGAGGAAGAUCGUGUGAGGGAGGAAGAAGAAUCCAGACUUAGAAGGGAGGAGGAGGAGAGAAAGAUUAGGGAGAUGGAGGGAAAAAGAAGGGAGGAGGAUGAAUGCAGAAAGACAGAGGAGAGAAGAAGGAAGGAGGAGGAAGAUAGACUGAAGAGAGAAGAAGAACAGAGACUGCAAGUGGAGGAAGAGGAAAGGGAAAGGUUGGACAUGGAGGAAAAACUGAGGAGAAAGGAGGAGGAGCUGAGAAAGGAAGAGGAGGAGAGAAGGCGGUUGGAGGAGGAAGAACGUGUGAGGAAGGAAGUAGAAGAAUUUAGACUGAAGGAGGAAGAGAAGAGAAAGAUUAGGGAUAUGGAGGAAAAAAGGAGAAAGGAGGAGGAUGAAUGGAGAAAGACAGAGGAGGAGAGAAGAAGGAAGGAGGAGGAAGAUAGACUGAGAGUGGAGGAAGAUGAGAGACAGACUAAGGAACAGCAAAGACUGGAGAAGGAAAUGGAGGAGAAAAGGAAGGAGGAGAGAGAGAGCGUCAUGCGAUUAGAGGAAGAGAGGUCGAAGGAGGAGGAAAGAAGGAAGUUUGAAGAGGAAAGCAGGAAGGACCAGGAAGAGAAAAAGAGGGUGGAAGAUCAAAAGAUGAAAGUGAUGGAGGAGAGAGAAAGGGCUAGGUUGGAGGAAGAGAGGAGAAAGGAAGCAAACUUGGAGAAGGAGAGGAGGAUGAGAGAUGAAGAGGAAAGAGAACGACAGGAGCAGGAGAUGAUUAGGCUGGCUGUGACUGAGAAACAGAUGGUUCUUCAAGAUGGAGAAGGGGAGGCCCUGGUGGUCAAAAACCCAUUUGAAGAAGUCCCUUCUGAAGAUCCAUUUGAAGACAUUUCCUCAACGAAUCCCUUUGAGGAGCCCUCUACUGCGCACUCUACUGAACCCCUCAACCGUACAACAAAAGUUUCAGCGGUCAAGCCAAGUUCCACCUCAUGUUUGACCCCUCCCAAGCAAUUGCUCUCCUCCAACCCUUUCUUCACUCCCUCUGAAGUUGAAGGCCCCACAACUCCCCCAAUUGGCCACCAGGGUGUCAAAACGUCUCCAGACUCAUCUGCAAGUGUGAUAGAAAAGAAAAGACAAGCUCCUCUGCCCCCCCACAGCCUGGGUCUGCCUCACACCUCGAAUGUUGCCACAGCUCGCCAACCCUACGCCAAGACCACCAAACCAACCCUUGGAAAUCCCUCUGCCAUGAAGUCGGUGGGAAAAACAGACGCCCGUCGAUCCACGGACGGUGUUUGUCUUGACCAUUGCAGCACCAUGCUGGACAAGCGACCGGCUCCUCAGCCUCCAGACAGCCUGAAAGGAACGCCGGGGACUCCGAGCCAGAUACAGAAGGAUCUGAGGAGCACCGUAGAGAUGCUGGGCACGAACGACAGACCUGGAGAAGAAAGGGAAGCCUCCAACUCUGGGGCUUCUUCUGUUUGUGCAGUGGAGAUGAUUGCUCCUUUGAAAGCCUCCACUACAGCUAUGAGAGAGGAAUCCAGGGGGCUGCAAGGACAGGGAUUUUCUCACCGUGGAAACCAAGUUAUUGAUGUCAGUGACAUCCCAUUAGCCACGGGGGGCUGUAAAGCGGCCAUAAAAGGACCUGCCCCCUCAAGGCCUGAUUCAUCCUGUCAAAGUGAGAAAACGGUGACAAAAUAUGAUGAAAACCCAGCAAAUGUUCAGAAACACAGUUAUAUGGAACCCUCCAUGGAAGACUACCCCUCUAAUGGAUCUCCUGUCGUAUUUGAAAUCAAUUCCAUUGCAGAGUCUGGAAGAGAGGCCCAGAGCCGUCAAUUAUGUGACAAUGGAGAGAGCCUGCGGUCUCAUAAUAAGAGUUCUCAUUCCAUUAAUGAAGAAGUCACCCUUCCCAAGUCCUUGAAGGUGUCCCGUGCUCCCAUGCCUCCAGUCAAGAUGAAGGCCAUCUCUACGGUGACCUUGGAAACCCCACAAAACUCGGGGGCCCCCGCAUCUGGCGUGGCUGUAAACAAGCAAACUAACAACACUGAUGUGGAACAACCUGUGAAUAUAAUCACCCAGACCCCAUAUUUUUCUCACUCUGAGAUCCUGGAGGGAUCCCUGGGCAAAAGUCCUGAGCCCUUGCAGGCGUCGUUUGGCCAGAGUACUUGUCCACAGGCCAGGUCACAACCGUGUGAGGCCAGGUCCUUGGAAUCCCAUUUCCAGGGAGGAGAGGAGGGGGGAGGAAAGGGAGGCAAGCCUGCCUCCGCCUCACUCAGGCCCCAUCCAGUAAAGCCCUUGAACUCCUCGGAACAGCAGCCUGUCUCGAAUACCCAGGGGGGACAACCAGAGAAAUCAGAAGCAAUCUCGGUAUUCUCUAGUGUUCAAGAAAAAAUCAAGGUCCAGGAGCCUGGGGUGAAGGGUCCGUACUCCCAGCUGACCCAAGAGGAGCUCAUCUCUCUGGUGGGUAAACAGCAGAAGCAACUGAGCGACAGGGACAAGAAGAUCAAAGAGCUGGAGCAGUACAUUGACAACCUGCUAGUGCGGGUCAUUGAGGAGGCACCUUGCAUCCUGAUGUCACUGAACUCUUGUAAACCGUAAAAAAAAAGAAGAUAUUAGUCAGUAUAUUACUCGCAUAUUCCAAACAAAUCAAACCAAGAGUUGCGCUUUCAAAAUCAUACUCUGUGUCUUUUUUAUUAGACUUGUUUAAGUGCCUCAACUGAAUUUGCACCUUUCUACUGAAUAGCCGACCGUUACGUGAUACUCUUUCUUUUGUAAAUACUGUGCUCUUCUGAUUGAUCUUAGAAACAUCUGUUGUCUUGCAAACCUACACAUAAGACAGAACUGUUACUACUGGUUGUUGAUGCUUGAGUCAACCUAUUAUGAAGAAGUUACAUGUUUUUCUUUACCUCAUUGUCAUGUUUCUUGAAAUGUGUAGUUUUAACUGAUCCAGAAAAAGGGCUUACAUGUCAUGACCGAGUUUUCACAUUGUAUUUUUUUCUUGCUAUGAGGUUUUUGUGAAACAAAAAUGCACUUAAUCAUGAAUACAUUUGUGGGUUACAAUACAUAGCCUACAGCACAACUGAAGUGUUAUGUUCAACUACUGUUACUACUAAAUUGAGCUAAAGAGACUAAACGAAAUUGUCAAUUAAAUAAAAAUGCCCAUGUUGGCUUGCAUAAUCAAUUUGCACAUGAUUUAUGAUUCUCCAUUGGUUUAGAAAUGCAUAUUGUGUCGAUAUAUUCACAGUAUACCGUAUAUUCACUAUAGGGCCUACGUGUGCCAAACUAUGAAAUAAAAGGUUUUCAAUCAA